AUGGCAGGCCGCAGCUUCACACAGGAUUUGCACGAUAUGGGGAAGAGGCUGCUGCUCAAGUUGCAGAGGCUGCCGAAGGCGGAGAUGGUGGAAGUUGUGGCCAUCUCAGUCAUCCUGCUCUUCAUCGCCACUGCCCUGCUGUUGCUGUUCAUAGCCUGCAGCAGCUGCUGUGUCCACGGCUGCUGCCCCCAGCAGCGAGGCAGGAAGACCCAAGUGCGCCCUGUGACCUCGCCGUAA